CGCUUGAUUCGCUUCGUCUCCUGCUCACCGAAGCUUUCGGUCCGCGCUAGGGUUGCCAUGGGAGACGAAGACGAGAGUCCGGUCUUGCCUCCUCCGGGUUUUCCCUUGAACUUGAACUCCAUGAGGAUUCCUCAGCUGGUCGAGUUCCUCCGAUCCUCCUGCCAAAAGGUGGACUUCCAGGAGGUGCAGAGCGCUCUGAUGUCGAGGGAGGCGUCACUGAAGGCCGAAGUGGAGAAGAGAUUCUUGGAGGAGUUGACUGCGAAGGAGGUCGAAAAGGUCGAGCUCGGCGUGCGGAAUGAAGGCCUCGAGCGGGAUUUGGGGGGUUUGAGGAACAUGCUAGCUGAACUGGAGCAGCAACAGAAAAAGAGCGAGGAGAGUUUCCGUUUCGACAGGUCAGAUCUCCAGCAGAAGCUGCGGGAUAAGGAAGCGAGAUGCUCCUUGUUAGAGUCGAGGAUUCUGGACCUUGAGGAGAUUGAUAGGCGACAUAGGAUAGAUUUUGAGUACCUCGAGGAGGAAAUCCUUAGGUUAAGGGAAGCUUGUAGAGUUGCGAGAGAAAGGGAGCAGAAAUCUCAGGAGAAGAUUGCGACUUUGCUCGUGUUGCAGGAGCACGGUAAUGUGGAUUGCUGGAGGAGGAAAUGCAAGGAGUUGCAGGACUCGAUUUCACAGCUGGAGGCUGAGAAGCUGGGUCGGAGAGUAAUGGAGAGUAACAAAAGUGAAGAAAAGGGAAAGAGCAAAGCCAGCUUGCCUACAAAGGAUAAGGAAAACCCUAAAUUCCUAGGAUUAAUUGUGAUCAGUGACAAUGAUGAUGAGCGCCGUGCUGAAGAUUGUGAAGUGAAAAAACACAGUGCGGAGAGAACUUUGGACAUCAAAAAUGACUCCACCUUAUGUAAGAACCCGGAAAUGCUGCAUUCUGAUGCUAGUAGGCGAGUAGUGGGAGUUCAGGAUUUUGAUGAAAACCAUCCGGAUGGUGUUCUGCUAAUUCCAACACCAAAAAGGAAGCGUGUUUCCAGAGUAUUUACCAGUGACAGCGAGAAGGAUGAUGAUGCCGAUAAUAUUCCAAUAGGAAAACUUUGGUCGAUGCAAGCCAAGGAGGAUUAUAAGCCGAAGCGAUUAAUUUCACUGCGAAAAUUAAGCGAAACAGAUGAUUCAGUGAAAGGAAAGUUUCCUUCCAAUCCAUCAACUCCUAGAUUUGAGGAUUCAAGUUUAAGAAGCAACGGUAGAGCAAAGGUGUUUCUUACCAAUCUGUCAACUCCCAGCUUCAAGAGAACAAGUUUAAGAAGCAAGGGUAGAGCAAGGGAGUUUCCUACUAAUCCAUCAACUCCUAGUUUCAAUAGUUCAAGUUUAAGAGGCAAUGGUAGAGCAAGAAGGAAGCUCGGGUUCUUGGGCAGUGAUGAUGAAGAGGAAACAAAGAUUGAAUUAAGGAAGGAGCUUGAUGAUGAUGCGAGUCCAAAUAGUGAGGGCAAGAAUUUAGGCGGAUUCAUUGUAAGUGGAUCAGAAAGUGCUGAAAGUGCACCUAGUUCAGAAGAAUUUUCUUCUGAAAUAGAAUCAGACAGUGUUAUCGACUUUGGUAAUAUCUUGGCUGAGAUAAGUCGGAAAAAAUGGACUGAAAGUUGGGAGUUUGAGGCAGAUAUGCUAGCAUCAUUUUCCAGGGAUUCUGAGCUUUGCUUGAAAGCUGUUUGUGUUCUUUAUCGGCAGCAGACUUCUGAUGAGCAAUCCGCGAAGGGAACAUUUCUUCUGAACAAGCGAGGAUUCAACAAGUUAGAUGCUCAAAGGGGAUCUAUGGUGGCGGAGUUUCUUACAGAUGGCGAUCCCAAUGGCCCUCUAAAGAAAACUGUCCAGGAUUUGGAAAAGUAUGACCCAACGGCACUAUCUUUCUGCCGCAAACUCGCUAGACGAUACUCGAAGCAGUUAUUCACAAUUUACCAGAGCAAAGAAGAUCCCUUGUUUUUGCCAUCAUAAACCUGUGUGAUGGGAUUACUAACGAAUGCUACUUGGGUUAGUGUUUUGGUUUUUUCUACGUGCGCUGCAUUGCAAAGUUGUGCUGUAGGUUCUAAUUCAUCAGUGGGAAACUUUUUGAUGUAACUUGUAGUGUUCUUACUGAUAUUACCUAGAGUUAGUUUAUGCUCGCGACGAAAGCAAUGUAAAUGGUUGAAAAUAUACAAUUUUUUAUCCUUUUUUAUCUCUAGUAUCUUUGACAUCGA